AACAAGAAUAUGUGCAAAAAAUAAAAAUAAAAAAAUCAAUGAUUGUUUAUGGGCGCAAUAUGCAGCUCGAGUGCUAAAAGACCUUGAGACACGGGUGUGCACAGUUAGGGCUGCUGUCUGAUAGAUUUUCAAGCGUCUAUUUACAUUGCUACCCCACCUGGAGCAGACAGCACAGCCGUUGCGCCGCCGCCUAAAUGAUUAGUACGAGCAGCAUGAGGUCACAGGAGUCGCAGGGUCAGCAGGCAGCCGGGCUGCCGCGGCCCAAAAACAAUGCGUCCAGUAGUCAACUGACCCAGGAGGAGAACGACGCCGUAUUCAGGCUGCUGGGUAGAAAGUGUCAGACGUUGAACACUGCCGUUGUGCAGAUCUACAAGACGGAGGGUAAUGCUCACUCACACUGGAAGAAGAGGCAUACGGGCGUCAUAUGCUUCGUAAAGGAUAGCGCCAUACGCUCCUACUUUUUGCGAGCCUACUGCCUGAUUAAAAAUGAACUGAUUUGGGAGCAUGAGAUAUACGAUGGCAUGCAGGUUGUCAAAUCGCGUCCCUUUCUGCUCACCUUCGAGGGCAGCGAUGGCAAUGUGGGCUUAAACUUCAUCUCGGAGGAUGAGUGCGAUUCGUUCUUUCGCACCAUAGACACCACAAUAGAGACACGGAAUCGAAAACGGCAGGAGAAGCGGAACAGGCAAAAGCCGCAGCAGGCGCCACAUGCUCCGAUGCCAGCCACCAUCAGAGAGGCAACUCGUCAUCCUACCAUGCAGGGCAGAAGCCCAAUUCAGAUGACGGCGGCGACUACAGUGGACACCGCUCCUGUUCAGCUGCGCAACAAUAAGAUCAGCUCGGUGACGCUGACCCCGGCGCCGGCACCAGCGCAUGCGCCAACCAAAAACUUCUUGUCGAGCAAUUUCGGACUGAGUGGGUCGGGAGGCAAGGAUAAGAAGCGUCGCGUGACCAAAGCGGAUAUUAGUCAGCCGACAAACUUUGUGCACGUCAGCCACGUUGGCUGGGAUGCGGACAAGGGCUUCGAUCUGACAGGCCAUGAGAGCGACGAGAUGUUGGUCAAGUUCUUUGCCAAGGCGGGCGUCUCCGAAUCCCAACUGAACGACCGAGAUACGCGCGCGUUUAUCUACGAUUUCAUUCAGAGCAAUAAUGUGCUGGCCUCGGUCAAACAGGAGGAGACUGAAUCGCCUACAGAACCAACGCCCACGGAACCGCCACCGGUGCCCAGUCGUCAUCAUCCUCAUCAUUCGCAGAAUGGUAACCAAAGAUCAGCGCCGCCUCCGCCACCGGCGCGGCAACCGCCACCGCCGUUACCAACGACGGUACCAGGUGCAUCACGUGCUCCGCCGCCGCCCAGUAGACCGCCACCCAUUACAACGGCUCCUCCGCCACCACCACCACCAGCAACGGUCUGUCCACCCGCAGCAGCACCGCCACCACCACCGCCUCCAGCACCUCCAGCGGCAGCGCCGCCGCCGCCGCCUCCGCUACCACCACCCGUGGCUCCACCGGAAACGCUGGUUAUUGCUUCUACGCAGACAUCGGCACAGGCCGGCAAAGUGGCACCACCUGCCCCUGAAAUGGACAACCGCAAUGCGCUUAUGGAUGCCAUACGCAAGGGCACAGCGCUUAAGACAGUGAAGCCAAAUGCUCCAACCGCCAACAGCAGCGAUCCACGUAACGACCUUUUGGGUCAAAUACGCGAGGGUUACGCCUUGAAGCCGGUGACUGAACGUAAGAUUCCCGAUCAGCGGAUUAGUGACGGUAGCUCCGGUGGCACCGAUGCUCUCGCCGAUGCGUUACGGCGUGCACUGGCGGCACGUGGCACUGUCAUGCAUUCAGACGAUGAGGAUGAUAAUACCUCCUCAGAUAACGAUUGGUCCGAUUAGAUUGAUGACGGUUGAUGGCAAACAAUUUAUUCCAAAUAUAAGCAAUAAUUUAAUUUGUGCUUUGGCAUUUUGAUUUAUCGAUUGAUGAAUCACUGUAAAUACUGUUUAGUGAAUUUUUCAUACCUCCUUAAUUUAAUUUUUUUUAACUGUUAAAACAACAAACAAGUUUUAAAUGAAGAGAGAACAACAACACGAAAAUAUUUAUGAUCGCAUAUGACAGCAUUUUUAAGGUUCUGUUCAAAUUCACAUAUGCAUAUCUUUACCUUCAAUUGCUCAAAGAUAACGAAUUCAUAAUCAAAAAAAUAAA